AUGUCCUCCCUCUUGCGCAGGUGUGUCCCGGACCCGCCCCUCCUGCGGCAGGAGACUGAGGCGUGCCACACGCAGCUCUCGCUGCUGCUUCACCUGGCCAGCGGCGCGGGGUGCUCAGAGGCGGAGCGUGUCGUUGAGGCGCAGCGGCGGUUGGAGGCCCUCACCUUUGGGGUGCUGGAGCGCUUCGCCAACGGUGCGCCGCCCUCGGGCCAGCAGCAGCAGCAGCAGCAGCAGCCGGCGCGGCCGCCGGCGUCAACGGAGUUGGUGGCCUUUGCGCCGCUGGUGACGUCGGCUCUGAAGGCUCUGGCGGCGGCUGGCGACGGCGCCUUCCGGCGGCAGCUUCCGGACCUGUUCCCCGUCUUGGCGCGGCUGGUGCAGUGCGACCACGCCACACCAGACGUGCAGCGCGCGCUCAGCGACCUGCUGAUGGGCCGCGUGGGGCCACUGCUGGGCUCGGGCGACGCCGUCACGCAAGCGGGAUCAGGCGCCCUGCUGGCGGCGACGAGCUGCGGCUGA